CAAAACAAAAAAGCCAAAAACCAGGUGCCCAUCCACCAUUUUUACAUAAAUUUAACUGUUCUUCCAUUACCGGCGAAUCAGUUCGCUGUUUCAAAAUACCCCCUUUUUCUAAUUAUGCGCUGUACAAUUCCACUAUAAAUAGUUCCGCACCAGAGCUUAUCUAAAUUAUCAUUUAUAACCACCACCACCACCACCACUAUUUUAGAUCUCAGACCGUUACGAUUCUUCCGGCGACGAUCAGGUAGCAGUUGAAAAUGACGACGGAAGCGGCGGAGAGACCUGUGAUGAUCGUCGCCGUCGACGACAGCGAACACAGCUUCUACGCUCUCAGUUGGACGUUGGAUCACUUCUUCUCCGAAUCCGCCUCUCCUUUCAAGCUCGUCCUCCUCCACGCCAAACCUUCGCCGGCUUCCGCCGUAGGCCUCGCCGGCCCCGGGGCUGCUGAAGUGCUGCCAUACGUGGAUUCGGAUUUGAAGAGGAUCGCUGCGCGGGUUGUUGAAAAGGCCAAGGAAAUUUGCGCCUCUAAAUCGGUUAAUGAGCCUGCAAUCGAGAUUGUUGAAGGAGAUGCCAGAAAUGUCCUCUGCGAGGCUGUGGAGAGGCACCAUGCCUCUAUAUUGGUUGUGGGGAGCCAUGGUUAUGGAGCCAUCAAGAGGGCUGUACUGGGCAGUGUAAGUGACUAUUGUGCUCACCAUGCUCACUGCAGUGUCAUGAUUGUGAAGAAGCCAAAGCAUAAGGCCUAAGGUCUGCUGCCAUCAUAAUCAUCAUCAUCAUCCCUUCCUGUUUGAUUGAGUCCCAAAUGUUUUCUUAUUGCUCAUUAGAUUCUGGAUGAAGUCAUUGUAUGAAUGGCUUUGAUUUGUGUGUAUAAAUGCAUUGACGUCACCAUACAUAUAUAAACAACACAUGGGUCAUGGGUGGUCUUGAUAUGGAUUGUGAUAAUUGACGUACAAGUGAGCAUAUGGGAUAAAUAAAGGAUUGGGUCAUCUUCAUUAAGCUCCAAUAGAGUUUCUAGAUGUAGUUUUGAUUCUAAUGCCAUGAUAUAAUUGUGCAUGAGAAAAUACUAGUAUUUGUUUUUAUUGCAAUAUGAAAAUGCUUGUAUCUAAGAUUCAUGAAAACACUAACUCAAUAUAUUCAAUUUAUUUAG